CCGAGUUCCGGGGUGUGCGCGGAGGAGGCCAACGGCAACGGCAACCACAACCCGGCUGGGACAUUGGUCGCUGCGGGGCGUGGAGCCGGGACCCUCCACCUCUCCCCGCACCUACUGGACGUUUGCAUUCUGGCAAACAUACCUCUGUGGGCUUGGGCUAUGAAGCUCGGGCACCUGCCACCCUUCAUAUCACCUCUGGGGAAGUUGUGCAGACAUCUUCAGUGAAGGAUACCAGGUUGAAUGGGAGCCGGAUGAUCUAUUGGAGCCCGAGGCUCCAGUCUAGACAAAUUGUGAAGCAGUUCUUCAGUUUGCAGAGAUCUUGGACCAUAGCAGAUUCAAGCAGCCUUGUAGGACCAAUGCACCUGAUUAUCUCAUGGAAGAAAAAAAUUAUAUCAGGACAUCUUUGGUUUCCAGGUUACCGAAGUAUGAAACAAAGUCUUUAGGCAAUGUCCUACAGCCAUUGUCAAAUGGGACCACUGUUAAUUUAUCAGGGACUACUCAAAGCAACAAUGGCAAAAGUGGCACCAAGCACAAUGGCACUGUUCAUAUGUCUUCCUCUUUUAACUGGAGAAAAUCAAAUAAAUAUCAACUUUGUAAUCAGCGUGGUGGUGAAUCUAACUUUGCUGAUAAUUCCAAUGAAAAAAUAAGUGAUUCUGAAAAGUAUUCUCAGUCUCGAGAAACAUUUGGUAAAGAUGUGCACAGGGUGGGUUUGGAUGACACUGCUUUACUAGCAUCGAAAACAUCCAAGCAAACCAAUAUGUUUGUAUCAUCUACAAAAGAAUUAAACCCAAAGUCUUUGCCUGUACUGUCUAGUUCAGCAAAAUUCUCCAAAGGUACAUUAUUAGGCAGAACUUCGUAUUCUGGACUCAAUGCUCCAAAAUCUCGUUUAGAUGGAUUUUAUGGAAAUAGGUCUUCUGUAGGCUUACAGAGACCUAGGGUUAAUUCUGGUGCCACCAGGAACAGUUCAGGAGAGGGUCUGGCACAAUCAACAGACAAUGAAACUUAUUCCUGUGAAAAAAUGGUUAGAUCGCAAAGUUUUUCACAUUCCAUUCAGAAUUCUUUCCUUCCCCCUGCAUCCCUAACCAGGUCACAUUCCUUUAACAGAGCUGUGGACCUCACAAGGCCUUAUCAGAAUCAACAUCUAGCCAUCAGAUCAUCUCAGAGGGCAACUUUAUUAUCAAGAAAUACACGACAGUUGAAUAUACCCAGUGGAAAUGAACCUUUAAAAUAUGGGUUUACUAGGGCAUAUAAUGCCAUAUCAACCUGUGGUUCAAAAAAAACACUGUUAUCAAAUGAAUCUGGAGCUGCAGCUGCUUUGGAAUACCAAAUGAGUCGUCCUUCUUUCCUGAAGCGUAAUGGACAACAAUUUACUGGAAAGAUCACUGUGGGUGAUAGCAAGAGCACAGCUACUGACUCAGGUUUCAUGGAUAAUAAUUCUGAGAUAUCAACAAAUAGUAAGGAAAUGGAUGAAAAAAAAGAUGCAAUGAAAAAUGACAGUCACAGAAAAGAAGGAAGUGAAAUCCUGCAUGACAGUUUGGGAAAACAUAAUUCAAAAGUUUUAUGUAUGAGUGACGAUGUGGAUGAAAUAUCUAUAUCUUCCUUGUCCUCUUGUGAGAAAAAUGACCUAAGCGAAGACUUUAGUGAUGAUUGUAUAGAUUUAGAAGAUCCAAAUAGAAUGAUAGAAGCACAUUCAGAGGAAGUCUUUAUUCAAGAAUUAGAGCAUGGAGCAACACCAAUAGAGUCAUUCAGUUCUCUCAAGGAAAGUGAAAGUUCUCACUGUAAUGCUGAUGAUUGGCUAGAUAUAGCUAUACAUGUGUCUGCAGCAAAUGAUAAAAAUCAAAGCACAACGCAUACUUCUGGGACCAACUUAAUGUCUCCAGAUAUGAAUUACAGAGCUGGCUCCUCUUCUGAGCUUUCUCCAUCCGAUAGUUCUGAUGGAACCUAUAUGUGGGAUGAAGAAGGCUUGGAGCCUAUUGGGAGUGUCCAUCCAUGUGGAAGUUAUGAGUCUUCAGAAAUGAACAGUAUAAAAAUUGAUGCCUUAAAGACGAAUCCUCAUGGCAGGAACAGACCGACUAUGUCAGUAUUGCAGACAGAUAUCUUAAAUAACCUUGAUUCAUGUGAUCUUGAAGAUGAUGAUCUCAUGCUUGAUGUGGACCUGCCUGAGGACGCACCUUGUGAAAAUGUGGAAUGUAAAAAUAUGAACCGUUAUGAUAGACAAGACAGAAAUGCCCGAAAACAGUCAGAGGGAUUCUGGAAGAGGGCGCAACAGUGUUGGAGUGCACAAGAUCAUUAUCAUCUUGGCCAUCACUAUCUCCAUGGUAAAAAUGAUAUUAGCAGAGGAUCCAAGUAUGCAGAGUCUCCAGUUGGUCACUUUGAAAGUUAUGGAACACCAAACUUUUACCAAGCUCCUAGACAAUUUGUGGGUUUACCAGAAAAUACUGUGAUGCUUGAUGAAAUGACACUUCGGCACAUGGUCCAAGACUGCACAGCUGUAAAAACUCAGUUAUUGAAACUGAAAAGAUUACUGCAACAGAAUGAUGAGAGUGUGUCACUACAGGACAUCCCAUUUUCAGUUUUGUCAAGCCCAGAACCACAGGAUGCUGAAUCUCCAUGCAAGACUGAAGAUUUGCUCAAUGAGAUUAAGCAACUUAAAGAUGAAGUGAAGAAACAAGAUGAAACAAUCAAGCGAUUAGAGCAUCAACUUACAACUAGGUGCAACUGCCACAAAGACAGCCAAAAACCUAAAGGGGCAACAUGCAUGUUGGCUGACAAAUUCACACAAACCUCCUGGAGAAAAAGUUCUCCUCAAGUACUACAGCCUUCCAACAGCCUUCCCAAUACCACAGACCUCGCCCAGGGAAAAUUAAUUAAAAUGUCACAUAUUGAGGCCCCCAGUGAAUACCAUAAACAUGGCCUGCAUGAAAAUGGUGAUCAUCAGAAUAAAAAUGCUGCUGAUACGUCUCAUGAAAAUAGCCUGAAUGAACAGAACCUUCUAUUGAGUAUACGGUUAGGUAUAAAAGAUCUGAAUGAGAACGCAUUUUUGACAGAAAAUAUGGAAGUUAAAAAGAGUGCUAAAGAACCUAGAGAGAUGGCUAGUAAUGAAGGUGGUACACUACGGUCUCAUGAUUCGUCUUUUCAGACACCUGCCCACAUGAAUACAAGAAAGAUGCAGACUAAGUUAGCUGUGAGAAGUAAACAGUUGUCCAUGAGCCAUGCCUCUUGGCCAAAGACUGUAAGAAUUACAAAGCCCCCAAGCCAGAAUGCUUUAGUGUCUCCUACAAUGGCUGUUCUUGAACCAUCUCCAGCUUCCAAGGAGCCUGAAAUACCACCAUCAAGUAGUCCAAUACACCUACAGCCAACAUCCAGUCAGGCUAACCUGAAGAGUAAACAGAGCCAGAAAAUGUCUAAACUUUGCCCAGCAACUGUUUUCUUGCUUAAAUCUAAGCAAGUAACUAUCCCUAAGUGUUCAUUUAUAUCUCAAGAGCCUCAAAACACCUCUUCCAAGACUAGCAUCCCAAGGCCACUAACACAAAGAAAGGAAAAUAUGCAAAAUCAGAACAUCAGGUUGCAUUCUGGGGAUAGCUUGGCCUCUAAUCGACAUUCCCGCCUCCCUAAACCAAAGACGCAUUACUAACGUGCACAUCUCAUUGAAGAGAGUCAUACAUCAAUUUGCUUCCCAUACAUUGACUGCCUUAGUUAAGGCUUCUUUACAAAGAGCCUGUAAAUCCUGAAUUAAUAUUAAAAUUAGCAUCUUUCUAUAAUAUUUGCCCGGUAGAUUUUGACCUAUUCUGAAGUUUAAACUAUCAAAUAUGCAGAUUCUUGUAAAAGAUCAAAAUUGUCCAACUAUGUUCAAAGUUUGUUAUCAAUUGUUCUCAAUUAAGAGAACUGCCCAUCAGUUCUCUUCAUUUAGUAAAUGAUGAAGCCUGCAAUGACCAUUACACACUUUAUUGAGAUGCUACACUGUGUAUUUGUGGAGGAGAGAAUGCUUGCAGAAAUCAUUUCUGGUCCUUUUUGGAUUAUCAGAUAAUAGAGUUACUAGUAAAUCUCUAGGUUCUUAUUACCAAUUAGGUUAAAGCAGUGGAAUAUUUUUACAGAGACUAAAUCUAUAAGGCGCUCUUUCUGGCCAUAAUUGUGACUCUGUAUUCCAGAGGCCUAUGCAAAAUCUUCGUAUUUAUCAGAAUAAUCACAAGUGAUGUACAUCAUACAUUUAAUGUUUGUGGGUUUUUUCCUCUGUUAUAAUCAGAGAGUUACUGUAUUUGUUUUCUAGCUCAUUUUCACUGUUCACAGAUGGCAAGCAAGCAAAUUGCACAGGGUGAAAUGCAUCUUACUAUAUAAAAAUACCAUCCAUUCAUGCAUUACAGUGAAACUGGUAUGCUUGAAGUAUGGUUUAGGUAUUAUUGAGAAAAAUUUUGAAAUACAAUGCUAAGGAUACUUGUGCACAAACCUGCCUGUGCGAGUGUUUGUGAAUUGGUAAGUGAUAAACCUCUGGGAAUAAGGGGUAUAUAAUACCUAUGUUGAGGGUUCCACAAUGUGUUUUAAUUACAAACUUUUAAUGUUAUUGUACUACUUGUAUUUAUUGAUUUCUGUUUAAUAUUGGAAGACUCUGAAGUACCUGACUUUAAAUGUUUGCACAAAACUUUGCCAUAUGUGUAGGGAUUUGAAACUAUUUUAUGUAAUAAAACUUGUUUCUGAAAACUAUUUUUAAAAACCCACAUUUGCUUUGAACAAUCCUAUGAUGUACUAAUCAGAGCUGGUACUUUAAGGAGUUUUUCAGAGAUGUGUACUUUUUUUUUUUUUUUGUAAUUAAUUUCUAAACAAGCUUGUGGUUAACUGGGAAGGAGCUGAAUGGGGAAAUAAAAUAAGGAAAGACCUUUCUGCUCUGUAAAUAAGUGUUCUUUUUUAAGGUAGUCUUGAAAUAUUUGACUCUGAAGAGGAUGCCAUGGGACUGUGAAAUUUGUAAAUGUACACUAUGGAUUUAGGAUGUGCAUAUCCAAUAAAGUGUUCCAAAAAUGUAUCCUUAUGUUCCCAAAACCAUGGCAUCUUGCCCCUCAACCCCCACUUGACCUGAAUCUGCCUCAAAAUUGGCAGAAUUAUUAUUUUCAAAAACAUUACUGAAAAAAAGAAACAAACCCCAAGAGCAGUAUUUUGGACUUUGCAAAAUGAAGAUGUAUUAAAGUGAGCUUUUCUAGGAAAUAAACUGAGUAUAUAUGUAUGCAUGCAUCCACAGAAAUCUUCACUCCUAAGCUUUAUAGCUUCAGUCCAAGAAUAGCUUCCCUGACGCAUACAUGUCAAAUGACUUGAGGCCAGAUGCAAAAAAAGGAUCCAGACGCAAAAACACCUCUUGAAAUCAAUGAAAGUUCAGGUGUCUCAGGCCCUUUAGGAGUUAUCCUUUAAACUUUUCACUAGAUAUUGCGCAUCCAUGUAAGCUUAAAGCGCUCAGUGUUCUUUCAGCAAAUACUGAUCAGCUGAUCUUUUCAAUUCAGACCUGACUGCAUUUCUGAAACAAAUUAGAACCAUGAUUUUAGUCCUUAUUUUAAGGCGAGAAAAACAAAGCACUAUGGAUUGUUAAUAAAGGUUAAUAAAGAUUGUUUGAAUCAUUCAAAAUAGGAUACAAUGAAGAGACUACUGCUAGAAAUACCAUUAGAAAGAAGAGGUAUGGAGGGUUUUUUGUUGUUUGUUUUUUUUCUCACUGCCUCCCCUCCUUGACCUCAUAGCUGCUCUCUAAAACUGGAGUAGGUCUUUACUUUUGUAGGGGAAAAAAACUGACUUUCUUCACAUCCAUAAAACUGGCUCCUGACAUCUGGCUAUUCCUCCAGAGUUUGAAAAAUGCUGAUAUUUCCAUCGCACUCUUGGUUCACUUUCAGGUCUAUAUAGAUUUUUAAAGCUGAAAGCUGACUGUCCUUUAAAGGAAAGGUUAUUUUAUUUUAAAAAUAUGUAUGUUUUUGUCUAAAGAGAGACUAUUUUCACUUUAAAAAUGUUGUUGAUGUGAGGUUAUCGAAUGGAAUCUUGUCUUCCAUUUCCAUUUCCUCUCAAGUUUCAACAGGUCUGAUCUAAGAUGUUAGAGUUUAAAUUUGCACCUUUACUGAGUACAAAGGAACAAAGCAAAAAGCUCAUCAAGGUUUUCAUAAAAUACAAGGUGAUUCUUAAAAAUAAAUUCUAUAUUAUAUAAUGUGCAGAACAAUAAAUAACAGAAUCACAGAAAACUUUGCCACACUAUAUAUUAUAUAUAGAGAGCACCUCCCCACUUUUACCUGAAAAGGGAAGUAAUUAAGAAAUAGAGCCGAUGACUGUAGAGGUCUUAUGUGAGAUGUGCUAGCUCAAAUUAAUUGUUCUUGUGUUCAGUUUGUAAUGGUUCAUCUAUCUAAACACAAUUACAUAUUUUGACUUUUAGGGCUUUAGCAAGGAAGGUUUAUUGUAUGUAUAGUAAGUCUGGAGUAUGAGGUAAACUUAAUCAGUUAAUGAGCAACUGGGAAAGAGAUGAGGUAAAAUUGAAGUCAGAUUUUAGUGAGAGACUGAGUGGAAAAUGAGGUUGCUGUAUAAAACACUUAAAGCAGGGAUAGGCAUAAAAAACAACUUUCAGGUAAUCUAGCUACCUUGUGUAAAGUGGAGAUGCCCUUUCAGUACUGGUGCAGAUGAUUCUAAACAUAAAUCUAAAGGAUUAGACUUUAGACUGUUAGGUUUUAAAAAUUUGUUUAUGGCUGAUUUUUUUUUCAUGCUUUUGGUGUCUCGGACAUUCUUUUGUGCAAUAUUCAAAGAAGUAUUAAACUACUGUUUAGUAUGUGUAUAAAGAGACAAUUAAGUAUUUAACAAGUGAACAAACACAAAAGAAAAAACAGAAUUGCACUUUAAAGAUGAGCUUUAUUGCUUGAAGUUGUGCCUAAAAUUAUCUCAAUGCCUCCUGUUGUGUGGCUUUUGUUUAAAACUAAUUUCUCUGCUAGUGCUGUUGUUUCCAAGAUAUCAUCAUCUCACAGAAUUAAUAAUGUAUUUAAUUUUUGUUGUGAAUUGAUUUUUAGUUUAACCAUGGAAGUUCAAGCACUUAUGAUGCAACUCAGAAGAUUCCCCUUACCUGCUCCAAAGCUGGCAUUUGAACUCCCUUUUGAAGCCAACUUUCAUUGAAGUCUUUUUUUUUUUAGCCCUUAGAAUAAUGUUCCUAGAGUGUAUUGUGGAGGUAUUAAUGAAAAAAACAUGUGCAAUACUAAUUCCUGGAGUUGCUGGAAACUAUCAUUUAUGAUAGCCACUGGGGAGAAAAAAAUCAAUGACUUUCCAUAAUAUGGUGCUCAUUAAAAGUAAUUAAAUAAGGUAAGAAAGUGGUUCCCAAACUAAAUUAUAAUACAGUGUAGCUCAACUAGACAGUAUCAUAAAUUAGUUAAUUUUACUCCAUGUAGACCUUAUACACCAUGCAUGUCCAUAUUCUGGUAGAUGGCAUGCUUCAUAGGGUAGUUUGGAAGAGUUUUUGCACAGCAUAUAGUAUUCAUAAUAUGGAUAUUUUCCUACCAUCAAUGGAAAUCCACUGUUGAACAGGGCUUCCAUAUCUAUUCUUUAUCUCAUUUGUAGCAACUUUCUCUGAACAGAGUGGAAUUUAACAUGUGAUCAUGGUUGUAGGUGUUAGUUUUGUACUAAUGUACAACCAUACUAGCAAGGAAAUUCAGUCACUGUUAUGGUAAAGCUGCUCACUGCCUACCUAAGCAUAAAAGCACCACGAUAAAAAAAAAUGUUAACUCUGUGUUAGUAUUUAAAGUCUUAAAUUCAGUACUAGCUACAAAAAUAGCAUUAAUAUUAUUUGCAUUGUUGUUUUUCUUUCUUAUUUUUUAAACCAAAUUGGGAGUAAAUACUGUAUAUUGGAAUUUGCUUGUAAAGUUGAUUUAAAAACCUGUAUGUAAAGAUUCUUUCCUCAGUGUUGUUCUAGUGAAUAAAAAUAUCAUAAUUAU